AUGUCAGAAUCUCACCAUCUGCCAGAUAAACAUGAAACCGACCUUGUGGAUGGCGUCUCGCCAUCGCAUGGAAGCAAUGUCGAUGCCGAGGUUGCCAUUGAGUAUGUUAUUGACCCUGUUAUGGAGGCCAAGCUGGUUCGCAAGCAGGACCUGCGAGUCCUGCCCAUGGUCUUCCUCAUGUACUUCUUCACCUUCCUAGACCGGACCAACUUGGGCAACGCCCGCGUCGCUGGCCUUGAUAAGGAUCUUGGUUUGGGGACGUAUGGCUUCAACAUCGGUGCCUGCAUAUACUAUGCUAUUUAUUUCUUUGCGGAUAUUCCUGCAUCGCUGAGCGUCAAGAAGUGGGGUUUCAUCGUCUUACCCGCCAGUUGUAUCGCGUUCGGCAUCGUGACUCUUGCCACGGCCUUUAUCCACAACCAGGCCAGCUUCUACGUCAUCCGCCUGCUUCUCGGCCUUACAGAGUCUUUUCAAUUCCCUGGCCUGAGCUAUGUGGUGUCCCGCUACUAUCGUCGUAGCGAGGUUACCACACGCGUAUCGUUCUUUAUGCUUGCUGCUGCAGGUCUGGCUGGCGGUUUCGGUGGGCUCCUGGCCUCCGCGCUGCUCUCUAUCCCCAGUAUCGGCACUGUCAGCUCUUGGAGGAAUAUUUUCCUUGUGGAAGGUAUAAUUACGAUUGUUGUAGGUAUCAUCUCAUUAUAUCUCUUCCCAGACGACCCGUCAAAGACUCGUAUUUUCAAUGAGUCAGAGCGUGCCCUAGCUAUGGCUCGUAUCUUCUAUGAUCAACCCGCCAUCGUUGACCAUAAGGAACGAAUCACCUGGAGCCUCGUCAAGCGCGGUGUUUUCAACGUCAAUGUCAUGGUUGGCGCCUGGAUCUACAUAUGCGACCAGAUCACUGUGCAGGGCCUGUCGAUUUUCACACCUACUAUUCUACGCCUCAACUAUCCAGGCCGAUCAACGGUUGAGAUCCAAUUGUUAUCCGUACCCCCACCCAUCGUCGGCAUGAUAUUUGGUCUUGGUGUCGCCUAUGUUACCAUGAAGACACGCAUGCACGGAGUUGCCAUCGCGCUCUGCGCAAGCCUGUGCGUAAUCGGCUACUCUAUCUGGCUGGCCUCGACCAAUGUGCAGGCUCGCUACGCUGCCAUAUUCCUCAACACGGCUGGCGGAUAUAGCUUCGGGACACUGAUUCUCAGCUGGACGCUGGCCAACGCCGCGCCUGACACCGUGCGGAAUGUAGCUAACGGUGCUGUUUCGGGUCUGGCCAACAUCGGGUCUAUUACUGCUACUUGGAGCUACAUCAGCACUGACGCCUCUUCUGGCUACCGUAUCGGAAACAGCCUGAACACGGCCACCGCGGGCUCGGUUAUUGUGGCAUCAAUUGGUCUCUUGUUAUACCAGCGUUGGGAAAAUAGGAAGCGAGACAACGGCGGUCGCGAUUACCGAUUGCAGGCGCCCCCGGAGCAGGUUGCCACCCUCGGAGACAGGCACCCGCAGUUCAGAUAUAUCCAUUAG